AGCUAGCUCAUCAACCAAGCUCACACAGCACACUCUAUUUCCUAGUCUCCCAUUCAUAAAAUGUCUGGGGUUUGGGUGUUCAAGAACGGAGUCGUCCGGCUUGUGGAGAACCCAGGGGCCGAGGUGUCCAGCGGCAUCGGGCGGCGGAAGGUGCUGGUCCACACCCCGACGAACGAGCUGAUUACAUCGUAUGCCGACCUGGAGAGGAAGCUAUCCUCACUCGGGUGGGAGAGGUACUAUGACGACCCGGAACUCCUCCAAUUCCACAAGAGAUCCACCGUUGAUCUCAUCUCGCUCCCCAAGGACUUCAACAAGUUCAAGUCCAUGCACAUGUUUGACAUCGUCGUCAAGAACCGCAACAUUUUUGAAGUCCGGGACAUGUGACUUAAACCUAUCCUGGCCGCCGGCCAGGGUCGGAGUAGCGUUGCAUGAUUCCUUGGGUGUUUAGCUUGCUUGGGGUCUAUUGUCGUUUUGGUUUACUUUAAAAAGAUCACUCUUUGAGAGGUUCUUGGUGGGGAUUUUGCAAAAGAGAGGGGGAUGGUUGCUUAUGAUAGAGAAGCAAAAACUGUAGUGGUGAGAGGGGAGUCUCACAAAGAAAAUGGAUUGAGAAGAAGUUGGUUGAGUUAGUGGGUGUGUCUUGGUUCUAUGUAAAAUGUGUUUUGUGAUUGUCUGGCAAUGAAUAUUGGGUCUCGUUG